UCGAGAACGCGAAAUGGACAUACACAGUGACUUUUAUCUCCACGACAAUAUAUCGGCGAAGCACCUUGGCUUCGGAGCUAACGUGUUAGCAUCGUGCUUGUCUGCACAUCGAGGCAGAAGAAACAUGCCCCUGACUGGAAGGAUAGACAGAAAGUCAAUAAUACUACUAUUACUUCUACUAUCAGGAGACACUGAACUCAACCCUGGACCUGCAACAACACGGUUAAUGUUGUCCCGACUGGCGAAGACUAGCAAUGCUACUGCUAGCGUCGCCAUCGAAGCUAACUCGGCUACCGGCUCGUCUCAGCUCAAGCUCACCUGUGCUCCUGCGGUCGGCGGCUCGGCGGAGGACUUCGCCCCGUUCAUCGACACGGUCGGAGGCUCGGCGGCGGCGGUGGAGGACGACCCGGUCAUCAGAGAAGGCAGCGACUCAGCGGCGGUGAACGACGCGGCGGCUGCGGUGGACGGCGACCCAGACAUCGGUGAUUGCGGGGAACUGCACGAGAUGGCGGGGGUCCAUGCGACCUCUCCCCGGUCCCGGACGGCCGAGGACGCGCCAUACACAGGAUUUAGAGGCGCCUUUACACAAACAUUUUCGUUAUUCUCUUUCUCUUUGUCUUCAAAAAAGCCCGCCAAAAGGAAACCCAACCCAUCCCCCAGCAACCCUACCUGGCCUCCUCCUCCCUCUCCCUCCCCUCCCCCUUUCUCUCCCUCCCCCUUCACCUGGAGGACGAUCAAUAUGCCUCUCUCUCCUCUCUCUCCUUGCUCUUCAACUGCAACAGCAAUAAUAACCAACAAUUUUUCUGGUCAGUACCACAACACAGUGGACUCUGAUGCUCUUUUUGGUUCCAGUGGACUACACAUCAUCCACCUUAAUGUGAACAGCCUCUCUGGAGCCAAACUCGACCAAAUCAGAGAAAUGUUCCUCAACACGAAGUAUUGGAGUGUCGAAAUGACAAAACGAAAACCUGGAAAACGAUGGAGAAGAACUGGUAAAGAAGUCGACUCAAAUAAACGAUCAAGAAGGACUGUACAAUUGUCAUUCCGUCCUGCAGCCACCAAUGUGAAUGUGGAGACUGAUGAGCAAUGUCUAAGAGGUAGCAGCAGGGGAACACUGCAGGAGGCGGUGCCUCCUGAAGGAGCCCAAAACACUGCUCUUCAAAUGGAACACAUCCAACCUCCAGGUGUCCAUGCAGGAUGUACCACUCUGGAACAUCAAGCCUCUCCCUACCUGCCAGCACAUGAAAAUAUUUCUACUUUUGACUCUAUCAAAGACAAUGGAAAACCAUUUUCCAGAUCAGCCCUCAUAGAUCCUCCUGAUGGCCUAACAACUGAACUACAUGUCGAUGCUGAGUAUGAUCCAUCUCAAUCAUUUGAGGAAGCUCUCCCUGAUAUGGGGGAUUGGAUGUACAAUGACGGACAUACGUUUAAUGAAUGAUUUGAAGAUAGUUUGAGUGAGGAGUGUGCAGAAGAGUCAAAUUUCUAGGACACAACAGACAAACCAAUAUAUGACAAUGCAUCAGUAACCGUUUCAGAGUGCCUUCUGAUCAUCAUGGGUUAUGUAAACUGUCAUAAAGUCACUGAUUAGGCCCUAAGCGAUUUGCUCAAAAUGUUCAAGUUGCUUUGUCCCGAUAGUCUGAAUACAGACUGCUUAAACAGUGUACAGAAGUUCAAAAACUUUUUUUUAUCCCGCUCUUCAUCAUCGCCUAUUUUAUUACAUAAAUACUGCAGUAAUUGUUUUGGGCCGUUAGAAAGUAAACAAAUAAAAUUCCUGUCUUGUGGGGCCAGUGUGUCAGAAUAAAGAUCCUCAUCCUUUAUAGAGGUUCCAAUUAAGGCUCAAAUAAGGUCAUUGUUCCUCAAGCCAGGUUUUCAGGAGAAGCUUAACUUUAGAUUAAGCAGAAAGAAGGCAGAUGCUAACAACAUUGAAGCUAUAUAUGAUGCAGAAGUUUACAAACAGCUUGUCGACAGGGGUGGUCCUCUUAGUGACCCUAAAAACAUCUCACUUACUUGGAACACCUAUGGGGUACCUAUUUUCAAAUCUUCCAAGUUUUCAGUGUGGCCUUUUUAAUGUAUCGUCAAUGAAUUAAGCUUCAUGGAACGCACAAAAAGAGAGAAUAUGAUAUUUGCUGGACUUUGGUAUGGGGAUUCAAAACCAUCCAUGGUUACCGUAUUUUUCGGACUAUAAAUCGCAGUUUUUUUCAUAGUUUGGCCAGGGGUGCGACUUGUAGUCAGGAGCGACUUAUGUGUGAAAUUAUUAACACAUUAGCGUAAAAUAUCAAAUAUUAUUUAGCUCAUUCACGUAAGAGACUAGACGUAUAAGAUUUCAUGGGAUUUAGCGAUUAGGAGUGACGGAUUGUUUGGUAAACGUAUAGCAUGUUCUAUAUGUUAUAGUUAUUUGAAUGACUCUUACCAUAAUAUGUUACGUUAACAUACCAGGCACGUUCUCAGUUGGUUAUUCAUGCCUCAUAUAACGUACACUUAUUCAGUCUGUUGUUCACUAUUCUUUAUUUAUUUUAAAUUGCCUUUCGAAUGUCUAUUCUUGGUGUUGGGUUUUAUCAAAUACAUUUCCCCAAAAAAUGCGACUUAUACAGUAUAUGUUUUUUUCCUUCUUUAUUAUGCAUUUUCUGUUGGUGUGACUUAUACUCCGAAAAAUACGGUACAUUUUUGAGACCACUAAGUGACACACUGAGUAAGCUUGCAGACAAUGGAAUUAUUGUGCAACCUGCAGAGUUGACAUGUGAACCUUUUGUGUGUAAAGUGCUCACCAUUGCUGGAACAUGCGACUUGCCUGCUAAAGCAUUAGUCCUUAAUUCAGUGCAAUACAAUGGGAAAUUUGGAUGUCAUAAAUGCGAACAGCCAGGAAACCGGGGAAAGAGGAUACACCCAUGUAUUUCCAUUCCAACAUAGAGAUCCAAAUGGGCCACUGCGCACCAAUUAAAAGUUUGUACUGGAUAUGAAAAAUCGCAAAUGAAACCAAAACCAUUGUCAAAGGGGUAAAGGGUCCCUGUUGCCUGAGCAAACUUAAAAUGUAUAACCUUAUCAAAGGCACGUCAGCCCUUUAGCAUGGCAAAGAAUAACAAAGAAAUUGACAGGCGAUUUCAGGAAGACUGUCCUCCAUCCUCAACUACAUAGCCUCGAUCAGUGGCAUCUCACAGAAUGUUUUUUAAAGCAUCAGAAUACCGGGAUCUUUUGCUGUUCUAUGGACCAUGAAUUGAUUAACGUGGACCCCGACUUAAACAAGUUGAAAAACGUAUUCGGGUGUUACCAUUUAGUGGUCAAUUGUACGGAAUAUGUACUGUACUGUGCAAUCUACUAAUAAAAGUCUCAAUCAAACAAAUCAAUCAAAAAACGGUUAUUUUCCGUGGAAUUCUUGCAACAAUGUACUACAACCAUUUCCUUCUACUAAGUGAAGCCAUUUUCAUUAUGUUGAUGGACUCUAUAUCGGUUGAACAGAUCCAUCAUGCAGAAAAACUAUUGUGGAAUGUUUGUUCUCAAAUGGCUACACUCUAUGGUGAGCGGUACGAAACUGCAAAUGUACACCUUCUUGUGCACCUGGCAGACAAUGUCAGGGCCCUUGGUCCAUUAUGGACUCAUUCAUGUUUCCACUUUGAAGACAAAAAUGGAUAUUUGCUAAGGCUCAUACAUGGUACUCAAAAUAUACCUAUGCAGAUGGUAAAUGCAGUCUAACUUGUGCAGUCUAUUCCUGUUAUUUCACAAACUAUUAACCCAGGGAAUGUCAUAGCUGAAUUUUACAGACAUAUGACUAAAGAUGAUAGUUUCUGUUGGAAAACAAAGAUUUGUCUAGGAUUAAACUAUAUGGAGCAUCUAGUGAACUUCCAUUGGACACAGUUCACCUCUCUGCAUUGCAAAUACUGUACAUGCUGGUCACUGCAUCAAUUCUGGAACAGUAGGCAUCUUUCACAGGGCACACGUUAAGAGAAAUUAUCUCACAUCAAAACACUAUGAUAAAGGUAAUAGAAGAAACAAUUUUACAGUUUUUUUUCAAAUGACAGACAAACAAAGUAUGAACAAAUUGAUUUCUUCUUUACCAUAGCACAAUCAUGUGCCAAAUGGGCCCCCGUUCGUGAAUUUAAACAUGCAGGUUUUUCUUUGCUGGAAGAUAGUGUAACAAAUGGUGCAUGCAGUCAUGUUAUUCCCCUAUUGGAAACCUCUGCCAGUACAGUAGUAUCCUUGGAUGACAUAUUGGGUAAAGUUGUUUUCCUUGACUUCACAUCUAUGCCUGGCAUUGUGUUUGCAGUUCAUUUCCCAAACACACUUGAAAAGUUUUAACUAAUUAAGAACUGAACUGGCCUAAGAAGCCACAAAUCAAAUAUUUGAUCAUUGUUAUAAAUGCUCUGAAAAUACACACCGAUGUGAUGUUGCCGUGGAUGCUGUAAAAGUCUGUAAAUAUGUACUGUAUACGGAGUAUCAUUUUUGAUUAAGUUUUUGCAUUGUC